AUGGCUGAUCAAAAUCUCCACUUCGAGACCCUUCAGCUUCAUGCUGGUCAUGAGCCUGACUCGUCCACCAAUUCCCGCGCAGUCCCUAUCUACGCCACAUCUUCCUACACUUUCAAUGACUCCGCCCACGGCGCGAGGCUCUUCGGCCUCAAGGAAUUCGGUAACAUUUACAGCCGCAUCAUGAACCCUACCGUCGACGUUUUCGAGAAGCGUAUUGCUGCUCUCGAGGGUGGUGUUGCUGCUGUUGCAGCUUCCUCCGGACAAGCCGCCCAGUUCAUGGCUAUUUCCGCGUUGGCGCAUGCUGGCGAUAACAUUGUCUCCACAAGCAACUUGUACGGUGGCACUUACAACCAGUUCAAGGUUCUUUUCCCGCGUCUGGGAAUUACUACUAAGUUUGUCAAUGGCGAUAAGCCCGAGGAUAUCGCUGCUGCCAUUGAUGAUCGGACUAAGGCUGUGUAUGUCGAGACGAUUGGUAACCCCCGCUACAAUGUGCCCGACUUCGAGGCCAUUGCAAAGGUUGCGCAUGAAAAGGGUGUUCCUCUCGUGGUUGACAACACCUUCGGUGCCGGCGGCUACUUCGCCCGCCCCAUCGACCACGGCGCUGACAUUGUCGUCGAAAGCGCAACCAAGUGGAUUGGCGGCCACGGCACUACCAUUGGCGGUGUAGUCAUCGACAGCGGCAAGUUCGACUGGGGCAAGAACGCCGCUCGCUUCCCUCAAUUCGUCGAACCCUCCGAGGGCUACCACGGACUCAAGUUCUGGGAGACCUUUGGCCCUAUCGCCUUCGCUAUCCGCGUUCGUGUCGAGAUUCUGCGUGACCUGGGCUCCGCCUUGAACCCCUUCGCAGCCCAACAGUUGAUUCUUGGUCUGGAGACGCUGAGUCUGCGCUGCGAGCGCCAUGCUACUAAUUCCCUUGCCCUAGCCAAGUGGCUUCAGAAGAAUGAGAAUGUCUCUUGGGUUUCAUAUCCCGGUCUUGAGGAUCACCCGUCGCACGCUACGGCGAAGAAGUAUCUGACUCGCGGAUUUGGUGGUGUCUUGUCCGUUGGUAUUAAGGGUGGUGCGGCGGCUGGAAGCCAGGUUGUUGAUGGCUUCAAGUUGAUUUCUAAUCUUGCCAAUGUUGGCGACUCCAAGACUCUGGCCAUUCACCCCUGGUCUACUACCCACGAGCAGCUGACUGACCAGGAGAAGCUUGAUUCGGGUGUGACCGAGGAUGCUAUUCGUAUCUCAGUCGGCACUGAGCACAUCGACGAUAUCAUUGCCGACUUUGAGCAGUCGUUCAACGCAUUGAAGGCUGCUUUGCCCGAUCGUACUGCGUAA